AUGACUGGCACUCCUUUCACCCUGUACACCCACGCGGGCCCCGGCCCCAACCCCGUCAAGGUUGCCAUGGCCCUUGAGCACCUCGGUCUCCCAUACAACACCGUGCCCCUGGGCUUCGGCGAAGGCAAGGGAACAGUCAAAGAUUCCGAAUACACUUCAAAGGUCAACCCAAACGGCCGUGUUCCUGGUCUUAUUGACCACGGCAACAAUGAAUUCACUGUCUUCGAGAGUGCCGCCAUCCUGCGCUACCUGGCAGACAAGUACGAUGCUUCCGGAAGCCUAGCCGGCAAGACCGUUGAGGAACGUGCCGCCGUCAACCAAUGGCUUGCCUGGCAGGUGUCUGGUCUCGGACCCUACCAGGGCCAGCUAGUCUGGUUUCUCGCUUUCCACGAGGGUGCCCACGGCGAAAAACCCAACCCUAGCAUUAUUGCUCGCUACCAAGCUGAAGUCGAACGGUUGCGCACUGUUCUCGAGAACCACCUUGCCUCAGCUAAGAACGGCUACGUCGCCCUUGGCCGUCUCACCAUUGCCGAUUUCGCCAUCUUCCCUUGGUUGAAAAUUUCGGUCCUUGCAGGCCCGGCACUUAAGUCUUUUGAGGAGUACCCUGCUAUUGAUGCUUAUAUGAAGAAGCUGGAUGCUCUCCCUGAGGUCCAGGCUGCUUACAAGAAGGCUGUUCCUCCUAUGUAA